CCCACAAAAUCUUCCUUCAAUAACCAAACCAGAAUAUCAGAACCUCCCCAGCAAAAAGCUCCAGAAAUCAUGGAGUUUUUUUAUUCAUCAAACCACGGUACUCUCUCAACCUUCUUCUCAAACUACUCAUCAUUUCUGAUGCAUCCAGGUACUGAUUUUCUUCUCAAACAAGUUUUUAUACGUGGGUUUUCCGGUUCAUUACACCUAGUGUUGUUAUGUGUGUUGUUCUUCUCUUGGUUGUGGAGGAUAUUCAAGGGAGGUGAUGGAGGAGGAGGAGAAGCUCCGAAACAGAGGUUUUCGAAUAGUCGAAAUUCGUACUACAAGCAGGCUUUAAUUUGUAGUUUCUGUGUUUCUGGGUUUAGUCUUGUUUUUUGUUUAUUGAACUACUUUUGUUGGUACAAAAAUGGUUGGUCUGAUGAAAAAGUAGUGACCCUCUUGGAUUUAGCUGUUAGAACACUCUCUUGGGGUGCAGUUUGUGUUUACCUGCAUACCCAAUUCUCCAAUUCUGCUGAAUCCAAUAAGUUCCCAAAUUUUUUGAGAGUUUGGUGGGGUUUCUAUUUCUCUAUUUCUUGCUAUUGCCUCGUCAUAGACAUUGUUCUUUUCAAGGACCAUCUUUCGUUUCCUGUUAAAUCUUUGGUUUUCGAUGCUGUCUGUGUUGUUUCGGGUUUGUUUUUCAUAUAUGUGGGGUUUUUGGGGAAGAAAGAGGGCAGAUAUGCUGUUCUGGAGGAACCCCUUUUGAACGGUAAUCGUAGUACUAGUGUAGGUAAUGAUGGAGAGUCAAAUAAGUCGAAAGGGGGAACAAAUGUUAACCCUUAUUCGAAUGCUGGAAUUUUCAGCAUCCUUACCUUUGCUUGGAUGGGUCCUUUAAUUGCGGUUGGGAAUAAGAAGGCAUUAGACCUUGAGGAUGUUCCUGAACUAGAUAAGGUUGACAGUGUAUUUGGGUCCUAUCCUCUUUUUAAAAGUAAGCUCGAGGCCGGGUGUGGUGGGAACGGCAGAGUUACCACACUUCAUCUGGUGAAGGCAUUAAUCUUAUCAGCCUGGAAAGAGAUUCUCUUGACGGCUUCAUUUGGGAUUUUUUAUACAAUGGCGUCUUAUGUCGGUCCAUAUCUGAUCGACACAUUUGUCCAAUACCUCUACGGGCGACGGCAGUUCAAAAAUGAAGGCUAUGUUUUGGUUUCUGCAUUUUUGAUUGCGAAGCUCGUGGAGUGCCUCACUCAAAGGCACUGGUUCUUUAAGACGCAACAGGUUGGAGUAAGAAUCCGAGCGGUACUUGUUACAGCGAUCUAUAACAAGGGUUUGACCUUGUCAUCCAACUCCAAGCAGGGCCACACUAGCGGUGAGAUUAUCAAUUUUAUGACUGUCGAUGCUGAGAGGAUCGGUGACUUCACUUGGUACAUGCACGAUCCAUGGAUGGUCCUUGUACAAGUUGGCUUGGCCCUAGUGAUUUUGUACAUAAAUCUUGGUCUUGCAGCUAUUGCAACAUUGAUUGCAACGAUAAUUGUUAUGUUGGCAAAUGUUCCUUUGGGGUCCUUGCAGCAGAAGUUUCAGGACAAGUUAAUGAAGUCAAAAGAUAAAAGGAUGAAGGCAACAUCUGAGAUCUUGAGGAACAUGAGAAUUCUCAAGCUUCAAGCAUGGGAGAUGAAAUUUUUGGCUAAAAUUAAUGAACUCCGGAAGUCGGAGGAAGGGUGGUUGCGAAAGUUUGUUUAUACUUCGGCCAUGACCACAUUUGCCUUCUGGGGUGCCCCAACAUUUGUGUCUGUUGUCACUUUUGUUGUUUGCAUGCUUUUAGGAAUCCCACUCGAAUCCGGGAAGAUCUUAUCUGCACUUGCAACGUUCAGGAUUCUUCAAGAGCCUAUCUUCAAUCUUCCAGACACAAUUUCUAUGAUAGCACAAACUAAGGUGUCUCUUGAUAGAAUUGCAUCAUUCCUUUGUCUUGAUGACUUGCAGCCAGAUGUUAUAGAGAACGUCCCAAGAGGUAGUUCCGAUACAGCAAUUGAGAUAAUUGAUGGGAAUUUCUCUUGGGAUUUAUCUUCCCCUAAUCCAACAUUGAAGGAUAUAAAUUUCAACGUGAGCCAUGGUAUGAGGGUUGCUGUUUGUGGUACUGUUGGCUCGGGCAAGUCGAGCUUACUUUCUUGCAUUCUAGGAGAAGUUCCAAAGAUAUCUGGGACUCUUAAGUUGUGUGGGACAAAGGCCUAUGUUUCUCAGUCCCCGUGGAUACAGAGUGGAAAGAUAGAACAAAACAUAUUGUUUGGUAAAGAGAUGGACAGAGAAAGUUACGAGAGGGUUCUUGAAGCAUGUUCGUUAAAGAAGGACCUGGAAAUUCUAUCAUUCGGUGAUCAGACGGUUAUAGGGGAGAGGGGAAUCAAUUUAAGUGGCGGGCAGAAGCAAAGAAUACAAAUUGCACGAUCUCUGUACCAAGAUGCUGAUAUUUAUCUGUUUGAUGAUCCUUUUAGCGCCGUUGAUGCUCAUACAGGAUCCCAUCUUUUUAAGGAAUGUUUACUGGGCUUGUUGAGUUCGAAAACAGUAAUUUAUGUCACUCAUCAAGUGGAGUUCUUGCCGGCUGCUGACCUUAUAUUGGUCAUGAAGGACGGAAGGAUUACUCAAGCUGGAAAGUUCAAUGAUAUUCUUAGUUCCGGAACUGAUUUUAAGGAACUUGUGGGAGCACAUGAAGAAUCUUUGUCCUCGCUUAACUCGGUAGAGGAAGGGCCUGCUGAACAAAUAAGUGUGAGCAACAAAGAUGCAAAUUUGGCUAGUACUACUGGGGUUGUCCAAAAAGAAGAAAGCAGUGAUGUUCAGAAUGGUAAAACAGAUGAUUUAGGUGGGUCAAAAGGGCAGAUUGUUCAAGAAGAAGAGAGAGAGAAAGGUAGAGUUGGGUUUGCAGUCUACUGGAAGUAUAUCACCACAGCAUACGGAGGAGCUCUUGUGCCUUUUAUAUUGCUUGGACAAAUUCUCUUUCAGAUCUUUCAAAUUGGAAGCAAUUACUGGAUGGCUUGGGCAACUCCCGUGUCUGAGGAUGCGCAACCUACUGUUACAAGCUCUACACUGAUAAUUGUGUACGUUGCUUUGGCUAUUGGAAGUUCUGUUUGUGUUCUCUUCAGAGCCAUGUUUCUUGCAACAGCCGGGUACAAGACAGCAACUAUACUCUUUAGUAAAAUGCACUAUUGCAUUUUCCGUGCUCCAAUGUCUUUCUUUGAUGCGACUCCAAGUGGACGAAUCCUAAACAGAGCUUCUACUGACCAAAAUGUAGUGGACAUGAACAUGCCAAGUCAACUUGGGGGCCUAGCGAACUCAAUGAUCCAGCUUUUGGGAAUUAUUGCAGUGAUGUCACAGGUUGCAUGGCAGGUUUUCAUCAUUUUUAUCCCUGUGGUUGCAAUCUGUAUCUGGUAUCAGCAAUACUACAUUCCUUCAGCAAGAGAACUAGCACGGUUGGUUGGGGUAUGCAAAGCUCCAGUGAUACAACAUUUUGCCGAAACAAUUUCAGGGUCGACAACAAUUAGAAGCUUCGACCAAGAAUCAAGAUUCAGGGAUAUAAAUAUGAAAUUGAAUGAUAGUUUUGGUCGCCCUAAGUUCCAUACUGCGGCUGCAAUGGAAUGGCUAUGUUUUCGCUUGGAUAUGCUGUCAUCUAUCACAUUUGGGUUUUCUUUGAUUUUCUUGAUCGCUAUUCCAGCGGGGGUGAUUGAUCCAGGCAUUGCGGGCUUGGCUGUCACAUAUGGACUUAAUCUAAACAUGUUACAAGCUUGGUGUAUAUGGAACCUUUGCAAUGUGGAGAACAGAAUAAUAUCGGUGGAGAGAUUAAUACAAUACACUAAUAUUCCCAGUGAGCCUCCUCUUGUAAUAGAAUCCAAUAAGCCGGAUCGUUCUUGGCCAUUACGUGGAGAAGUUGAUAUACGUGAUCUUCAGGUCCGGUAUGCACCACACAUGCCACUUGUGUUGCGAGGUCUCACAUGUACCUUUCCUGGAGGAAUGAAAACUGGGAUUGUGGGGAGAACUGGCAGUGGCAAAUCAACUCUCAUACAGACCCUUUUCCGAAUUGUGGAUCCUUCUGCUGGCCAGAUUUUGAUAGAUAGUAUUGAUAUCUCUUCAAUUGGACUGCAUGAUCUGCGGUCUAGGUUGAGCAUUAUCCCUCAGGACCCAACCAUGUUUGAAGGGACUGUAAGAAGCAAUCUGGACCCGCUUGAAGAGUACACAGAUGAACAAAUUUGGGAGGCCCUCGAUAAGUGCCAACUCGGAGAUGAAGUUAGGAAAAAGGAAGGAAAGCUGGAUUCCACAGUUAGCGAGAAUGGAGAGAACUGGAGUAUGGGUCAGAGACAGCUGGUCUGCCUUGGCCGUGUGCUCCUGAAGAAAAGUAAGGUUUUGGUGCUUGAUGAAGCUACUGCAUCAGUUGAUACAGCCACGGAUAAUCUGAUCCAGCAGACCCUUCGAGAACACUUUACUGACUGCACAGUCAUUACUAUUGCGCAUCGUAUAACUUCUGUUCUUGACAGUGACAUGGUUCUGCUUCUAAGUCAUGGGCUUAUUGAGGAAUAUGACUCCCCUGCAAGAUUGCUGGAAAACAAAUCAUCGUCUUUCGCUCAGCUCGUGGCAGAGUACACAAUGAGGUCGAAUUCCAGUUACGACUAGUUUGAAUGACAAUUAAAAGCCCAAAUCUUCACAAUGCACUACUCAACUGGGUGACAAACUGUUUUGAUAACGACGAAUAAGUGGCGAGGAUGAUCUUACUCAUGUUUGUACCGAACCAUCAGAAUCGGGCGAUCGAGUUGCAGGUUCAAAGUGUAUUUUAGGCUAUAUUCUGUUAGAAAUGUUGUAUUAUUCAAGUAAUUGUUGAUCUCAGAGUUAAUGUAGCUGUCAAAUUUUGUAUUGAAUUUAGUUGAAUGGUUGGAAUUUCGUCCACAAAUGUCUGCUUGGUUGGUUUGAAACGUGGAUUAGGCAAGUUGGCUAUGGUAAUCUGCAUGCAACCCCACACUCGUUUUGUCAAAAAGUCUCCACUCCACAAAGGAUACCAAUAAUUGUGCGUGCCCAGGACUCAUGGUUGGAGCAUGUUCUGCCAUAUUCAAUCUUUAUCCGUUUUUUGUUGAAA